GGGAAGAGGAAGGGGAGCAAAAGAAAGGAAUGGGAGAAGUAGUGAGGGGAAGAGGGAAGGGGAGAGAAAGACAGGGAAAGAGGAAUGGGAGACGCAGUGACGGGAAGAGGAGAGAUAGAGAGGGGAGAAGCAAGGAAGCAAGUGCCAGAAGGGAGGUGAGUGCCAAGGAUGGGGGGGGGGGGAGAAUUUAGUGGCAGGCGAGGGCAGGGCAUGGCACCAGUGGCUCUGUGACUGUGGUCCGUGCCGCGUGCCCGCCGCUCUCACCCCCACCAUGGACGGCCCCCCCCACCCUGAAGGAGGAGGAGGAGGAGGGAGUGAAGAAGGAGGAGGAGAUGGAGGAGGAGGAGGAGGUGGGGCCAAGGCAGUCAUUACCUCCACUCCUGCCACCACCACCUCCUCCUCCUCCUCCUCGUCUUCUUCCAUUCUCUCCUCCACCUCCAGCCUCAUCUCCUCCUUCUUCAGGCCCUCCUCCUCUUCCUCGUCUUCUACUCCCUCCACCUCCUCCGUCUCCUCUACCACUUCUUCCUCAUCUUCCACCUCCUCCUCCCCCAUCAUCAUUUCCAGCCCCUCCUCCUCCUCCCCCAUCAUCAUUUCCAGCCCCUCCUCCUCCUCCAUCGCCUCCUCCGCCUCCUCCACCUCCUCCCAAGUCCUCAUGACCUCCGACGGGCACCUCGUCUUCCCCCUCCCCAUCCUCAACCCCUCCCUGGACUCCCUCACCGCCCCUACCUAUAUCCCCUCCUCCACACUUACCUAUGUCCCCGUCUCCUCACCCUCCCCAACACCCCAACCCCCACGCCCCACAACCCCACGGCGCCCCACACCACGCCGCCCCGCCCCCCAGCCCCCCACACGGCCGGGGCCCCCAGUGACACCAGUACCUAUAACCACGUCAAGCGCAGACCGUUCAGGAUCGUCAACGCCCACCCAGGAGCAACCCACGCCCGCCCACACGUACAUGCCCACGCCCACAGCCUCGACCACGUCCAUAGACUCGUCCCUGUCCACGCCCGCGUCGUCAGUGGGCGUGGGCCGCGGCGCGUUGUCCCUGAGGUUGAUAGACGAGGAUGAGGAUUCCGAUUUCGAUAGUCGGUGUGAUUCGUUCGAGGACAGGCUGGUGUUCCCGCCCCGCCCCGCCUACACCACCACCACCACGCCCAUGUCCCCUCCGUCGCCCCCCGCCCAUGUCCGCACCCGCGCCAACACGCAGCCCACCCAUGCCCCAGCCCAUGUCUCGUGUCAUGUUCCGGGGCAUGUCCUCACUCAUGCCCCCGCGCCUUGCACCCAUGAUGCCCCCCACGCCACCGCGCCCAUGUCUCCCACAACCCAUGCCCACGCGCCCAUUGCCCCCACCACCCACGCCCCCCUGGCUUUAAACCAUCCUCUGCCGCACCGCCCCCCGCCCCUGCACUGUCCCCCACCCCCGCAUUACGUCCCCCCGCCCCCCGAGGCCCAGUGGUGGGGGGACGCCAGGGGGAACGGAUUAGCACACUCCGCCUCUGACCCCAUGGUGCGGCCCCCCCUGUGGCAGCCCCCCGAAGCCCCCCAGCAGCAGGGGGCUCGCGAAGGGCCCGCCGCCCCCCGCCUGGCCCGCAGCGACUCCGUGGUGGCGGUGCCCGAGGACCUCCUCACCCCGAAGCCCUCCCUGGCGGGGGCGGCGGCGGCGGCGCUGGUGGCGGCGGCGCUCAUGCCCGGCGCCGCCAUGAUGCUGCACGCCGCCUUCAGACUGGUGUUCGGGACCCUGUUUCCAGCCUACUACUCCUACAAGGCGGUGAAGACCAAGAAUGUCAAAGAAUACGUAAAAUGGAUGAUGUACUGGAUCGUCUUCGCCUUCUUCACCUGCCUGGAAACACUCACCGAUGUCUUCCUCAGCUUCUGGUUCCCCUUCUACUAUGAGCUCAAGAUCCUGGUGGUGCUGUGGCUGCUCUCCCCGGCCACGCGCGGCUCCUCCAUUCUGUACCGCAAGUUCGUGCACCCCUGGCUGACGCGGCGCGAGGAUGACAUCGACAACUGCAUCGCCCAGGCCAAGGAGCAGGGUUACAGCGCCGUGCUCAGCCUGGGCUCCAAGGGUGUCAACUAUGCUACCACCGUCAUCAUGCAGACCGCUAUUAAGGGCGGCGGAGGGAUCAUGAACCAGCUGAAGAGGAGCUACAGUUCGGGUGAGCUGAUCGGCGCCGACGGGGACAUGAACCGCAACAUCAAGCCCCUUCCUCCACACCUCCACGACAACGACUACGACGACCCCACCGCCCACCACCACCUCCAGCACCACCACCUCCCCCGGCAGCCCCCCCCACCAGGCGCCUAUGACUCUGAGCCGCGGGUGAGGGCCGAGAGUGACGCUGCCUACAAGCCCAGGGGGUCGUCCGCCAGCCGUGUCGUGCGCUCCAACAAGACGCGCUCGGCUGACGUGACGGACUACUACCAGGACUCACAGGACGACGGGAACGGAAGCAGCAUUGCACGUCGUCGCUCCCCACGCUCCCAGGACCCCGCCAGGUCUCAGCCUACGCUACACUUCCAAGAACCACCGCCAAGAGAACCACAGCGAAAAAGAGGCAAGUCUGAGAACCGACCGCGGCCAAAGUCGAUGAUUAACGCCGCUGAGGUGAGCCGCGGUGCUGAGUGGGCGCGAGCUCAGCGUCUCGGCUCAACAAUCUCCCUCAACACGGAUGUGGAGCUCAGUGAGUCCUCCUCCCACUCCUCCCUGGCCUCCGUGGCUGGCGGCAGCGGCAGCCAUUCGGUGCGCCCCAAGGCCAGGACCUCCUCCACUCGCCGCCGCCAGGACUCCCAAGGCCGCCGCACCACUGGAUCCGCCACCAGAGCUGCCGCCGCCCGCCAGGCGCCGGUCAUAACUAAGCGGGCGUCAUUGGAGGCUGCCUCGGAGUCUGAGUAGUGGUGGCUGUCGCUGUGAUGCCGCAGGGCCGCCGCUGCCGCUGUUACUGAGCCGCCAAGCCGCUGCUGGUCCCUGCAAGUGAUAUCAAACUAUUGUACUCUAGGACAUGUUUUAAGUCUUUCUGGAAGCUGCUCGUGCUUCAGAGAGGAAGGGAAGGCACAGGGGCCCUUCCCUCUCCCCCUUGCCAUCCCAUUCCCUUACCUCAGGAGGGGAAGUAAGGGGAGCAGAGAGCAGAGUGAUGCUAGCCUGGCCUACCCCUUCCCUUUUCCCAUUACCCCCCAUGCCAUCCCCUUCCCUUGCUUCAGCUGCCACUGCUGACGCUGAUGUUUCUGACUGUGUGGUUACCUGCUGACCACCGCCUCUUAAGCUACAGCCCCCAAACCUCACAUUUAAAAAACCCUGACAUUCCUCUCUUCCCCUAACCCCUCCCCCUCCCCCUCCCCCAUCCUGCUCAUAUUGUUACAAAGCAAAGUGAGAUUUUAUUUAAGAGAUUAUAGUUAGCUGUUCUAAUCCCACACGCCCUAAUCCCCCCACCCCCUUAAUGCUGUAUCUCUGGCUCACAAUAUUAGCCAAUCACAGGACACAACACUCUCCCAAAUAGCCAAUGAUAAUGCAGGGAGGUGAUGCAGUAGCCAAUCACAGCCUUGGGUUCAUGCUGCAUUUUCACCUUGAUGCAAACAUGCCCCAAAAUAUUAUAAGAUUGGGUAUAUUUGCCUGUUUGUCUGCAUCAUUUCAUUUAGUAUUCAUAUCAGGAAAAAUACUGCUCUACAACACUGAGCUGAGGAAUAAAAGUGAACAUUUGUUGAUAUAGAGAUUGGUAAAUAUUCUUUAUACUGAUUUUUACAGCUCAGUUUUUGAGUCCCUUUUCUUUCCUAAUAAAAAUACUGAAGGGAAGGAAAAGGAGUGGUUGCUCCCCUUAAAUGAUUACUGGUUGGCAUGGAGCAAACAAACAGACAAAUAUACCUUAAGAUAAACAAAUGCUACACAUUCCAGGGACACACACACGCCCUAAAGAGUGUCCCAGCUUGGGGUUAGCAGCACAUACCCAGCGAUGGGUGACCACUCAAGGUUUUCACCCUCCUGCAUCAGUUUCCUCACCAGCCACACUUGUCGGUACAGAAAUAAAUGUAAAACAAAUGCAGCAACUGGCUCACUGAAUGUAUGCCAAAGAGGGGCUGCAGGACCCUCACACUCCCUUUCAAAGUGAUGUAAAUAUUUAACUGGGGAGCCUAGUGUGUGUUGCAGCAUGUGGUUGUCCCGUGAUGAAUGAUGCUGUUGUGUUAUGUUGCUAGGGAGGUGUUCAUUAUUAACAUAACCAGCAGCAGUCCUCCCAAUAUUUUCUAUACCGUAUAACUGUACAUACAUGACAUAACCUUACGUAUCUACACGCAUGUCCCCCUCCCCCUCUCCUUUUUUUUCUUGUGUUUUAAGUAUGCAUAGAAAGAGGCAUUGAAGGAGGAGAACGACUUUUAAUGUAGUAAGACAGCUAUACUUUUAUUUCCUGUCAUCAGUCACAACGUAAUUUAUUAGAACGAUAAUUAGAGAUUAUUUUUAAGCCCCAUUAAACAAAGAAGCAUUGGAGAAUGUCUGUUUUAAUGUACUAAGAAAGCUACUUAUUUUAUCCCGCCAUCAGUCACAGUGUAAUUCAUUAGACUGACAGUUAAAAGGUUAUGUUGAGAGAAAGGAAGGAAACCCGCAUGCAUGACUGGCUUCCUUUCCCUCAUUUCUUUAGUGUACAUCGGGCAAUUUUGUAUUAGUUUACAUUUUUUGCUACGUAAGGUCAUCACCCUUUCCCGCCCCGCCCCACUCACCGAGGUCACAAUAAUAUUACGCUUCAGGGUCGUCUGCACCACUCAAACAAGAACACGUUAGGUUGGUUCAUUUGUCUGUUCAGCCAUUCGUAUGGUUUUGUACUGUGUGGCAUUGUUUGAGAGUCAGACUGGCCACGCUAGAACACAAACUCUUAGGUAAUGCGACAAUAUAGAGAUUAACGCUCUACCCGGCAGGAGUGGGGCUGGGCGGGCGGGCAGGAGUCAGUCAGUCAGUUCUAGAUAUGUGCUGUCAGUUCUUCAUCCCAGUGCUGAAUCUACACAUGUUCAUAGUUCAUCAGUCAGUCAGUCAGUACUAGAAAAUUAAUGUUGCUAUUAGUUCUUCAUUCCAGUGCUGAUUUUACACAGUCAUGUUCACAAGAAAUCAUCAGUCAGUCAGUACUAGAAAAUUAAUGUUGCUAUCAGUUCUUCAUUCCAGUGCUGAUUCUACACAUUCAUCUCCAUAACAUCAUGUCAAUUAGUCAGUUUGUUGAUCUGAAACUCCUCACGUGCUAUUGUCAGUUCUCAACCCACGGCAAUGAUUCUACGCAUCCAAAUCAUCAUCAUGCAUGCCAGGUGAUAUUAUUACUGCUGCCAUUAUUCCACAGAAGUGUAUUGUGACAACACAAAAGAGAUUACAAUGACAUUACCAAGAUGAAAGAUACAUUUCCCAGCAUGAUUCUUUCCUCUAGGGUAUGAGAAUUGAUGCCGUUGGUUAGAUUUAUGAAUACAAUGCUCUCCUCAUCACUACCACCACCACAACAGCCAACACCAUAUUGUAUUAUGUAGCUUUCAAACUAUACUACUACAGGAGCCUUGGGGCAUAAAUAUAGUGAUAGACCAGGGUGCUGUGUUGUCAUGUGGCGUGCGAUGAGCCAUGUUUAGCGUCCUCAGCACCACACACACACACACACACACAGCACAUCUGGAUCCCAAGUGUAUCUCAUGUGAUGUUAUUAAGUGGCCGAGUCAAAGUUUUAUAUCAUGAACAGCUGUAUGUCUCCCUCCCCCCUGUACCUCUCCUCCUACCACUACUACCUACCUACCUACUUGUGAAGGAUAAAUUAUAAAUAAACAUAUGCUGUAACCUCAUCUUAUGUCUGUAUGAUUGUUUUUACGUUAAUAAAGAUUCAAAAAGAGAA